UGACAAUAAGUGACACAAACAGAAGCCGACUUGAUAAAUAAGGUUAAUUCCACUUCUAUAUAAACAUAAAUUUUGAAGUUAAAUAAAAAUUGAAAAUCGUCAAUAUGGACAAUCUAGAAGCAAAUAUUAUGGACAAGUCUAUGAGAUCGGUGUUUGUGGGUAAUAUACCAUAUGAGGCCACGGAAGAAAAAUUAAAAGAUAUCUUCGGUGAAGUAGGACAAGUAUUAUCUUUCAAGCUUGUAUUUGACCGUGAAACUGGAAAACCAAAAGGUUAUGGUUUCUGUGAAUAUAGAGAUCAAGAAACCGCCUUGAGUGCAAUGAGAAAUUUAAAUGGGUAUGAAAUUGGAGGUAGAAAUUUGAGAGUUGAUAAUGCUUGUACUGAAAAAUCUAGAAUGGAAAUGCAGAAUCUUCUUAAUCAGCCACCAGUAGAAAAUCCUUAUGGUGAGCCUAUACAAGCUGAAAAAGCUCCAGAAGCUAUAAGUAAGGCAGUAGCUUCUCUUCCUCCAGAACAAAUGUUUGAGCUAAUGAAACAGAUGAAAACUACUAUACAGAAUAAUCCAACAGAAGCAAGGCAAAUGUUGCUGCAGAACCCUCAGUUAGCUUAUGCUCUUCUUCAGGCUCAAGUUGUGAUGAAAAUUAUCGAUCCACAUACCGCUGCUAGUUUACUGCAUCCUGUUAAUCAAGUUCCCGCAACACUAAUGCCAGGUGAUAAAAAUGUUCCUGUUCAAGUACCAAUUAGUAAUCAAUAUAGAGAACCUCCAGUCCAGCCUCCUAGACAAGAUUACCAACCUGUACCAUCUACUCCAAUGUUACCAGCUCAAACUCCAGUAUUCACAGGACAGGAUGUUGAUUUAAGGUCUCUGAAUGCAGCACCAGAUCCAAGAAUGAGGCAAAUGAGUGAUCAAGAUAUGAGACAGAUGCCAGGUCCCAUUCAAAAUCCAUUGCCGCCAACAUUAGCUGAAAAUGUAGCAAAGGUGGGAGAUGCAAAAACUGAGGGCUUUAUAAGAGAUCCGAGGGCUGCAACUGGUUUUCCUGUUGAUCCAAGACAAGCACGGAUGGAUCCACGACAAAAAAAUAUUGUACCACCUACAAAUCAAGUUACAGUUUCUGCUCCUCUUACAAGACCGGUGGUUCCUCCUCAGCCUGCCGCAAUUGCUAGGCCUGUGGUUCCUGCUCCGAUUAUAGCAGCACCUACUUCAGCUCCAAAUACUAGUCCUGGGGCACAAAAUCCAGGAGCUUCUGACCAAGAAAAAGCCGCUCUCAUUAUGCAAGUGUUGCAGUUAUCUGAUGAACAAAUAGCAAUGCUGCCACCUGAACAGAGAAACAGUAUUUUGGUUUUAAAAGAACAAAUAGCUAAAAGUGCACAUACUCGUUAAUAUUAUUACAUUAUUUUCUAAUAUAUAACUUUUGUGUGUA